CAAGGGGGUCAUCGGGCGCCAUUUUUAAUACAGCAAAAUUGCGCUAGCACGGUAGCAUUAGCUUUUUAAAAGCUGAAACUUUAAAAUACUAUCUCGAGCUCCAAAUUCAGCCUUAAUUUGUGCAAAAAUGAAUGUCGUAGAUCAUGUGCGUGAUAUGGCCGCCGCCGGUCUACACUCCAACGUCCGGAUAAUGAGCAGCUUGUUGUUGACGAUGAGUAAUAACAACCCAGAGCUCUUCUCACCUGCCCAAAAGUACCAGUUGUUGGUUUACCAUGCCGAUGCCAUCUUCCAUGAUAAAGAGUAUCGUAAUGCUGCCUGUAAAUACAACAUGGCGCUGCAACAGAAGAAGGUGCUCAGCAAAACAUCCAAGGUUCGCACAUCUGCUGGUGGAGCUGCAGCAAACCUUCAGGCGCAAAGUCUUCCUUCAGAGAUUGAAGUAAAGUACAAAAUCGCUGAAUGUUACACUAUUUUGAAACUGGAAAAAGAUGCCAUCGCAAUGCUUGAUGGGAUUCCUUCUCGUCAGAGGACUCCUAAGAUCAACAUGAUGCUAGCCAACUUGUACAAGAAAGCUGGCCAGGAACGCUCUGCUGUGACGAGCUACAAAGAAGUCCUUCGACAGUGCCCCCUUGCCUUGGACGCAAUCAUUGGCCUUCUGUCUUUAUCAGUCAAAGGAGCUGAAGUGGCGUCCAUGACCAUGGAUGUUAUCCAAAGUGUCCCGAACCUGGACUGGCUCUCUGUUUGGAUAAAGGCGUAUGCCUUUAUACAUGCGGGGGACAAUCAAAGGGCCAUUAAUACCAUUUGUUCACUAGAGAAGAAGUCACUGUUGCGGGACAAUGUGGACCUCCUGGUGAGCCUGGCAGAUGUCUAUUUCAGGGCAGGAGACACCAAGAACGCCAUCCUCAAAUUUGAACAAGCCCAGAUGUUGGACCCAUAUCUCAUCAAAGGGAUGGAUGUAUACGGCUACCUGUGGGCCCGAGAAGGACACCUGGAGGACGUGGAGGUCCUAGGCGGACGACUGUUCAAUAUCUCUGACCAACAUGCAGAACCUUGGGUGAUUUCUGGUUGUCACAGCUUCUACAGUAAGCGUUACUCCAGAGCCCUGUAUCUGGGCGCCAAGGCCAUACAGUUGAACAGCAACAGUGUGCAGGCCCUUCUCCUGAAGGGGGCAGCGUUGAGAAACAUGGGCCGCGUCCAGGAAGCCAUCAUCCAUUUUCGAGAGGCCAUGCGCUUGGCCCCCUGUCGCCUUGACUGCUACGAAGGUCUGAUUGACUGCUACUUGGCAUCCAAUGGAAUCCGAGAGGCUAUGGGGAUGGCCAAUAACAUCUAUAAGACGCUGGGGGCCAACGCACAAACGCUGACCAUUCUAGCCACCGUGUGCCUGGAGGACCCCGUGACACAGGAGAAAGCCAAAACGUUGCUGGACAAAGCGUUGGCUCAGAGGCCUGACUACACCAAGGCGGUGGUCAAAAAGGCUGAGCUACUGAGUCGUGAACAGAAAUACGAAGAAGGGAUUGCGCUGCUUCGGAACGCCUUGGCCAAUCAGAGUGACUGCGUGCUGCACAGGAUGCUGGGAGAUUUCCUGGUUGCCGUCAACGAUUACCAGGAGGCUAUGGAUCAGUACAGCAUUGCGCUCAGUCUGGACCCCAAUGAUCAGAAGUCCUUAGAAGGCAUGCAGAAGAUGGAGAAGGAAGAGAGUCCCACGGAUGCCACGGUGGAACUGGACGGUGACGACAUGGAGGGAAGCGGAGAAGACGGCGACCUGGAGGGCAGUGAUAGUGAGGCUGCUCAAUGGGCUGAUCAGGAACAGUGGUUUGGUAUGCAGUAGCCAGGCCGCUGCCGGCUGAUCCCGCGAAGUGGCCUUUAAGUCACCGUGGUGGACCAGGACGCUACUCGUUAUGCUGCUUCAGAUCGAUCAAAUCGGAAUCACCUCAGCCUACAUGGCAGACUGACCUCAGCGUUUUCAAUUUGUCUUCUCUUUGGACACAAGCCAAUACGUUCUCACAAAGUUGCAAUUAAACAGUUCAAAUUGGUUGAAAUGUCAACGGAAUGUUCAGGACAAAAUGGUCGACAUGUGUUUUAAUACAGGCCGACGGACUGAGGAAAUAAAGAAGCAGAUGUACAGGGUGACACAAAAAAACGUUUAGAAUUAUGGAAGACAAAUAUUUUAUUCACAGUAAUUGAAACCUUAUAACAUGCCGUUUUUGAGACAAUUAUGGAAUUUUCAUUUUCUUUUAACUGUCCUUUAAAUUGCGUCCUGUGCAAAUGUGUUCUUGAAAAAUUGAAUUCAUCAUGGUUACUAAAACAGGAGUGUUUACUUGCUCAUGUCUGUCGAAACACGUUAAAAAUUCCUUUUUUUGGGUCACCCUGUAUUUUCAAAACGCGAUAUACAAGAUUAACUCAUUGGUUGCCAAUGGCGGUCAAUGUGAACUGGGAUUCGAUCGCUUCCAGCCCAACGUCUAACCGAUAUUAACAGCAAAACAUUUAAAAGAGCCAAGUGUGACUCUGGAGCCGCGGCUUACGUGAAGAUCUUUAUUUAGAAGUUGUCUGUAAAGCCUGUUUUGUAACACAUUGUUAUGUUGGAAUGCAUUAACAUUAAAACUGUUUAUAUUUUGUAAAAUUUUUUGUAAAUGUUUGAUAAAACGGUGUUUGUUGA